AUGAAUUUGACCAACUGCACAAAAGCAACUGAAUUUGUUUUUGUUGGGUUGCCAAAGGUUUUGGGACUCGAAGGUUUGAUGUACGCUGGCAUCUUUUUUCUCUACCUCCUGUGUCUGAUGGGCAAUGGGCUCAUCAUUGUGAUGGUAAUUCUGGACUGCCAUCUCCAGAAGCCCAUGUAUAUCUUCCUUAGCAACCUUUCUUGCAUUGACAUUGGACACACCACAACCUUCAUUCCUAAAUUGCUGUUCAAUUAUCUCUGCGCAAAGAAUUCCAUCUGUUUCAACUGCUGCAUAACGCAGAUGUUCUUUUACUUCUUUUUUGGGGUCACAGAAUAUUUUAUCAUCACUUUGAUCUCCGUCGACAGAUACUUAGCCAUUUGCCAUCCUUUGAGAUACGCCACGAUCAUGACAUCAGGGGUCUGUCUUAAGCUAGCAAUUGCAUCCUGGUUUGCUGGAUUUUUCUCCAUUCUUUAUCAGACCAUCAUGAUUCCAAACCUACCCUACUGCACAUCCAACGUUAUCAACCAUUUCUACUGCGAUGUGGGACCUGUGUUGAAGAUUGCAGGUGGAGAUAUACAAAUCAUUGAAUUAUUUGGAUUUCUAGUAAUGGUGGUUGUGGUUAUGUCCUCUAUGAUUUCCACCCUCAUUUCCUAUCUCUUCAUCAUUUUCACCAUUCUCCGAAUGCCUUCAACCAUCAGGCAGCAGAGGGCUUUUUCUACCUGUGCUUCCCAUCUGAUUGUAGUCUGCAUGUUGUACGGAUCGGUCUUUUUUGUCUAUUUAAGACCUACUGUCAAGAACUCUUCCUAUAGUAAGAUGAAGACUGUUUCUUUGAUGAAUACUAUAGUGGUCCCAAUGCUAAACCCUUUCAUUUACACCAUUAGGAACAAUGAAGUGAAGGAAGCAGUGUGGAAAGCAUUAAGAAAAAAGUCUCUGGCUUUUCCUAAAGUCUAA